CAGGCAGCCAAUUAUUUGUCAAACUAGCGUUCGUCGGCUAACCAGCUCCAAGUUAAACAUAUAACCGUGUUAUUAAAAACAUUUCCUCACACCUGAACCGUCCACGUUCGUGCCGAGGAGUGAAGUUGGCGUGUAAACAAGAUGUCAACCCCAGCUAGACGACGUUUAAUGAGGGAUUUUAAACGACUGCAAGAGGAUCCCCCAGCUGGGGUUAGUGGGGCUCCAUCAGAAAACAAUAUCAUGGUGUGGAACGCUGUCAUUUUUGGACCAGAGGGAACACCUUUUGAAGAUGGAACCUUCAAACUUACCAUUGAAUUCACAGAGGAAUAUCCAAAUAAACCUCCAACAGUGCGAUUUGUCUCCAAAAUGUUUCAUCCAAAUGUGUAUGCAGAUGGAAGCAUAUGCUUAGAUAUACUUCAGAAUCGUUGGAGUCCAACCUAUGAUGUCUCUUCAAUCUUAACUUCAAUACAGUCUUUACUGGACGAGCCAAACCCAAACAGUCCGGCCAAUAGCCAAGCAGCCCAGCUAUACCAGGAAAACAAGCGGGAGUAUGAGAAGAGGGUUUCCGCUAUUGUUGAACAAAGUUGGCGUGAUUGUUGACCCCUGUUAGGGUUCGAGUAUGAACAGUGUCCAGCCCAGAAUCAAGAAACCACCAAUCAAGACAACUGAUCCCACAGAAAUAAAAUGACACAUCUUAAGGAUCCCUCUCGAUAUAUUUGUCCCAUAACUGUUGCUCAGUUUGUAAACUGUUGUGUUGUGGCAUUCACUCCUGCCGAAUGCUAUUGUCAGGCAAUAGCAUAUGUUUGUUAAAAGUUAAUGUACCUUGUUAUAUCUGGGUUACUUGCUACCUGCCCCAAGUCUUUUCUUUUUUUAAAAACAGGCAAUGGCCGUUGUCUCAGUUGUCACUUUUCUACCUGUUGUUUUUAAACUGGCUGGAUGAUACGUGACAGUGAAUUAGAUGUGCUUGCUGUGUGGUUUGCUGUGUAGAUACAGUUCAUAUUUACAAAAACGAAACUGUUCAUGGGUGUUUCUCAUUCUGUGUCAGUGCUUUCACUCUUUUCUUUGGUUUUAUUUCUUUCUGCCUUUUGAAAGCCUUUCAGUGGGACAGAGAAUUUAACCUGGCAUGAUGCCGUUCUCUCUCUCAGCUGGACCUGUAAAGCCAAGCCUUGGAUUUUAAAUACAUUCUAGAUAUUGGUGAACAGGUGACGUCCCUCUUAAAGACUGAAUCAAGACAUUGAGUUCCCACUCUGGGCACAUGACUGUUUCAUGCAGUUUCAUAAUGCUGACAUUUUUAUGCUAUUUUACAAGCUGAUUACACUGUUUUAAACAGGAUGGUGUCUGUAUUCAGAUUAUAAACCUUUGCACUGGUAACCCAUGUAAUAACUGUACAUUUUCUUGUAAAUAAAAUAAAUAUACAACAUG